CGUCUCUGCUGGGAGAAGUGGUCAGGGAACAGAUGACUUUGACGCUCGUGAGUUUACAUUCAAAGUUUUAAAAAAAAAAAAGUGAUUUCUUGCGGAAACCAUGCCCUCAGAAUCUGCAAAGUUGAUUCCUCGACCAUCAAGCUUCACCACCCAUGUCUUCUCCGCCAGUGCCAGUGGUCAGGAGUUCACAUAUCGUGUCCUGAAGAUGGAAGAUUCAACACUAAUCUACAUUUGCGAGAAGGGCAAUGAAGUGUUUGAUGAGAUGGCUCUGGCCAUGGUCUCUGCUUCUGGGGAUGCCAUUUCAACCACAAUUAUGGGCCCUUUGCUGGGCUGUGAUUCACAGCAGCUGGCAGAGAAAGUGGCCAAACGCCUCAAGAAGCAAAUCUACAUUAGUUGCAAUGUUCCUGCCGAAAGACUAAGCCGUCCCUUCAUUGAGAAGCACCUCGUGGAUGAGAUCAAAAAUCGACCAGAGAUGUUUUGAAUUGAAGGCAAUACCCGAAGAGAGAGAGAGAGAGUCAAUGAUUGGAGCGAGGAAAUGAAUGUGCAAAUCGCAGAACUUGAACUUCAGCCACAAAUAGCGAUGAAUUGCAACUUCCUACCGCUGAAGAAAUCUUCAAGAGUCAGUGAACAUGGGCUGCAGUUCCAUGACAGAAUUGCUGAAGCAGCGUGAAAUAAACCAAUAAUGAAACGGUUUUAAUUAACCCAAAAGCAUUAUAAUUUGAAUUUAAAAAUAGAUUGCAAAUUUUCUAAACUUGAAAA